AUGGAGACACUUGGCGCUGCAGAGGACGUAUUUUAUGAGGAGGAGGAGGAGGAAGUGAACUGCUACGACUUUGAGCCUCUGCCGACGCUGCUGGAGGAUGAGGAGAAUGUGUCCCUUGCUGAUAUUUUGUCACUGCGGGAUAGCUGUCUUACUGAGCAAGAUAUUUGGGCAAUUUGCCUGGAGUGUUGCCAUUCUUUGAAGAGCAUUGCCCAUUCUGCAAUCUUCCAGACACUCUGCAUCACUCCUGACACUUUGGCUUUUAACACCAAUGGCAAUGUAUGCUUCAUGGAACAGCUCAGUGAUGAUCCAGAAGGUGCCUUUGUUCCACCAGAAUUUGAUAUCACCGGUAACACUUUUGAGGCACACAUCUAUUCUUUGGGUGCAACACUGAAAGCAGCAAUAGAAUAUAUUGUAGAACCUGAGACAGAAUCAGAAUUCGGACAAGAUCUGCACACUCUACUGGAACAAAUGCAAGAGGAGAAUCCUGAAAAUAGGCCAGAUAUUGAGAGCAUUUUGUCAUUAUGUGAAGAAAAAAUGAAGAUUGCUUCAUCAAGUAAUAUUUGUCGAAGCUUGUCUGCUGUUGGAAGAAGAGUUCUUUCAAUUGAAUCAUUUGGUGCUUCUCAAGAUGUCUGUGAUAACAUGUGGAAGGGAAGAAUGUGUCAGAGGAGUUUGGGAUCUAAAUUAUAUUCAAAUGAGAAAAACAACAUUGCAGGUGAUUCGUCUGCAGUGGAAGAGGUGACGACUGCCUGUCAUAACAACUCUUCUGUAGUUACCAUGGUGACUGGCAGAGAAAGUGGUUUAAAGGAAAUGCAAAUUGAUCUGGAUAAUGAGAAAAUUCAACAUUCACAACUUGCAACUCAAACUGAAAAGAGCAAAGAAGAGGACAAACACUCAGUGUAUACUGACAGUUUUGCUAGUGUUGCUUUGGAUAUAAAAUCAUGUGUUAUUGACCUGGAGAGAGAUUGCCUUUUUAAGAAAGGUUCUUUGAGAAAAAUGAAAACCUUUCCAAAGCUACCACUCGAACUUGCAGAUACAAAUAACUUUUUUACUUCUGUAACCAACAGUGGACCACUAGAUAGGAAAAAUCACUUUGUAACACAGGAGUCACUACCUCUAGACAAUAAUAAUGAGGUUGCUUUUUCAAAGAGAAAUCUCAAUUCGUUUGCUGUUGGUAGUCCACCAGAAAUAGAAUCAAAGAAUCACCAAGUUGAUGAUCGUCAUUUAGAAGCACCAUGUGUAUGCACACAAGUGUCUGGCUUGAAUCUAGAAGAACACAUGUCACUUAUCAAUGGUAAAAAGAUAGGUUUUUCUUCAUCUGAUCACAAAGAAGAUUCUUCUGGUGCUACCUCUGAAGUGCUAAAACCAGCUGAUAUGCUAAAAGGCCCAAAUCAGUCAAUUGCUGGAGCAAAAAUGCUAGACAACUACAUGGUGUUGGAAGACUGUUCUGAAACUUUUCAAGGGUCAAAUGAAAAUUAUGUACCACAUUUUAACAAGAUGGAUUCAGUAUUAACAACAAAACCCAGUGGGAACAGACAUGGAUCAAACCUAAUUAGGCCAGCAGAAUUAAGCAACGGUGUGAUGAGUGCAAACAAUAAUGAAGAUAAUCUUUGUGGAGGCAGAGGUUCAGAAAUCAAAAGUAAUGAGCAGUGGAUCUCUCUAAAACUCCUGUUGUCCUGGUAUGGUAGGCCUCUGAAAGACUAUGAACUCUGGGCAUUAUGUCAUGAGUGUUUAUGUACUCUGCAGACUUGCAUAGAUUAUCCAGUGGUCUUAUGUUUGGACUCUGUGCUGAUUGACUGCCAUGGAAGGAUCCUCUUUGCUGCUCCAAAAGCUGAAGAAUCUUGUGAUGUAUUUUAUUUAGCUCCUGAAAUUGAAGAAGAGGAUGUGGAUACUGAGAAGGUCUGCAUUUAUGGUGUUGCUGCAGUUCUGUGGAUGGCAGCAAAAUACAGUGUUCCACUGAGUCACAAAGUAGUAUUGCCAAGAAAAUUUAAAAAACUACUUCUGGAUAUGGCAAGAAAAAACCCUGAAGAAAGACCUUCUCUAACUGCUGCAAUUAAGACAUGCAAUCAUUAUUUACUUGAACAAGGUGUAAACAGCAAAAGUAUUUUGACAUUAUUGGGUAAACCCAUCUUUAAGGCUGUUGAGGAAGAAGUCAUGUCUCAAAAUCACGUCACUUUUGAAUUUAAAAACGAGAAACAUGAAAUGGACCCUUCAGAGUCAAGUCCAGGAUUUGUGCCUUUUACCAGUGAAAGUAAACUUGUAGCAGUUAAAGGACCAGUACCAUGCCAGAUUUCACUAAAUUGUGAGAAAGCAACAUUACCUGUUGCAUUCACCUCUCCUGCAACUCACUUUAAGCCUAUUAUUUUGCAACAAGAUGCAAAUAUAACAAAAGAGGUUCAAAGACCAGUUCCUGACCAAUUCAAGAAAGAGAUGAGGGAAGAAAAACAUAUGAACAACAACAAAUCAGGGUAUAUAGAAGACUCCAAAAGCUGUGAUAUUGAGGAUACAGGUGUAGUUGAAACUGUUCCUGAAACACCUGACUGCGACUUACAAGUUCCAAGCCACUCAUUCCAGAUGUCUUCAGAAGAGCAAAACUCAGGCAAUAUGUUUGCUUCUACAGUUACAUUGCCAUCACCAUCUGAUUCCUCACAUGCUCUACAAGAGAAGAGCUUUUUAUCUGAAGAUCCCUCCAGCUCUUUAGCUAGUCCUACAUCUCCUAAUUUUCUUCACAUAAAUAACAUCAUUCUCAAACAGGACUCAGAGAAAAGAGUUCUGACAUUUGUACCAGUACAUUUGGCUGUAUCAGAGCAAAUACCAAAUAAGCCUCUUCGCUCAAGAAUUGCUUAUGAUUGCUAUCACAGUUUGCCAGUGCUAAUUUCAAGUACUAUUGCAAGUUAUAAAAUGAGCAUGCAAGCAGAAAAUGAUGCCUCCCUUUGCAAUGUGCAAAGUCAUGAGACUGCUAAUACAGAGAACCACUUUGAUAAAAGUAGCCCAGUUAUUCAAACCAACUGCCAAGAAACUGAGUGUGCUACCAGCAUAGACAGUUUUUUCACUGAACAAGAAGACACAUCAUGUACUUCAGUGAGUAAAGACAGCUGUAAUUUCUUCAGUGAUGAAGUCCUGCCCCAUCAGAACACAACAAAUGACACUUUACUCCAGGAAGUGAUUCAUCUUAUACAAGAGGAGUUUGCAUUUGAUGGUUAUUUAGAGAAUGGAGCUGAAGUUUUUGAUAUGGGUAACUUCAUUUUAAACUUAAAGGGAAUUAAGUUUGGUAUGUUCUCUGAUAGAAUUUGUGAGAAGUUUUGUGACCUCUACUGGGAUGAAAAGUUACUGGAGAAUCUCUAUCAGGUAGUAAAUGGAAGAAGAUCUUCACAUUUAUGCGUAACUGAGGCAGAUGAAGCAAAAUGCAACAAUAUAUUCCAAGAUGUGAAGAAAUCUGAAAGCUGUUUGGCAAGCAGUGAUCAGACAGAGGGAAAAGGGGAAGCAGACUUCGAUGUGAAGGCUGAGCCUGUGAUAAAAACAUCAUUAGUUGGAAUGGAUUUUGAUGAGUCACCUUUGGAUAAUAUCAAAAAAGAAUUGACACUGCAGAGUAGAAUCCCCAUAGCAAAAGAGCAACAAUAUUUGCAAAGCAACGACUGUGGUCCAGGCUUUGCAGAAGAAAAUACAAGUUCAGAGGAACAGGCCAUGAUAAAGACAGCUGGAAACACCUAUCUGGCAUCUCCCAAUCUAUCUGACUUUUGUGGCUGUAGUCCUGGUUGGAGCAGUGCAUUUUAUGGAGCUGAAUGUUUUGAUUCAGAAGUUCAUAGUUACUUGAAAAAUCUUGGAAAGCAGAAAUCAAGUGAGUCACAAAAUAUAGAUGCUAAAAAAGUGGAACUAGAACAAUUACUAAUGAUGGAGACAAAAAAUUACAGAAAGACCAUAAAGUUUUACCAGAAACUAUUGCAGAAAGAAAGAAGAAGCAAAGGUCCUGAAACUAAAUCUAUGUUGCCCAAACUGAGAGGACAGCUACAGGAGAUGAAAUCAAAAGUGCAGUUUCUUGAACUGGUAAAGAAAUAUGUGCAGAUGAUGUAUGCAGAGCAGUGGGGUGUGGAAUCCUACGUGCUGCCUACAGUCAUUCACAAUGGGAAAGCUGACACCAUGGACAUGGCACCUAUGGAUGAAUCAUCAUUGCUGCUCUACUAUAACACAGAGAAACACCAGUGUAACAAUCAAAAUGGAGUGAGAGUUCUGCAGGCCGGUACACCACUUGGUUUAAUGGCUUAUUUAUAUUCUAGAAAUGCCUUUUUAGAAGGUUAUGUACAGCAGUUUCUUUACACAUUUCGCUAUUUCUGCACACAAGAAGAAUUUUUGCAGUUUCUUCUUGAUAGAAUCAGCAGCACUUUAUCCAGUGCAAGCCUGGAUCCUUCCACGUCCCUUACCAAAAUAUGUAACCGCAGUUUCUACAUCCUGCAGGCAUGGAUUGAAGACUGUUACAGUGUAGACUUUGCAACAAAUACUGAUCUUCUGGGUACCCUAAAAGAAUUUAUUUCUUCCAAGGUUGCUUCGUUAAAUGGCUACGGGGAGCGCUUGUUGUCACUGCUCGAGGACGCCUCUGCCAGGAAAAGUGGCAGUGCUGGUCUGUGCUCUGGUGUGGACAAAUGUAAAGAAGAAAGUAAGGAAGGCAGAAAAACAUUACAUUCCCUAUGUAAAAAGCUCUCAGAAGAUGUUUCCAGAAAGAACUUUUACUGGAAGCUAUCCAAAGGUAUGGGACCAAUUGCACAGUAUCAGAGAGAGCGACUGCACACAGGUUCAGCAGUUUUGCCAAAGCCCUGCUGCAGCAGUUUCACAGAAGAAUCCUCAGUCUCCUUAGCCAGAGCAGAUGAAGUGGGACCGGUUCUCUUGAUUGAGUGCAGUGCCCAGCAGCUUUGUUGGCAGCUGACACUACUGCAACAGGAAGUAUUUAAUAAAUGUCAUCCAGUUCACUUCCUAAAUUCCAGAGCACUUGGCGUUAAAGACAAAUGUGUUACUGUGCCAAAGGCAGUUUCUGCUGAGACAGUUUCCCUUAAAGUCUGUAAUCUCUUUCUGUCAAAGUGCAUACAAGACCAGUACCUUCUGCAAUUAUUGAAAAAUGCAGACAGUAUCAGCACCUGGGUUGCUGCUGAAAUUGUAACAUGUCACACAACUAAGCGGCAGGUGAGCUUGUUAUCAAAAUUUCUUCUUAUAGCAAAAUGCUGCUAUGAGCAAAGAAAUUUUGCUACUGCAAUGCAAAUCCUAGCAGGCUUGGAAAAUCUUAUUGUACGACAGUUGCCAGCCUGGAAAAUUCUACCUGCAAAAGUAGCUCAGAUAAUGGAGGAGCUCAAGGCUGUUGAGGUGUUUUUAAAAAGUGACAGCUUAUGUCUGAUGGAAGGAGACAGGUUCAAAAGUCUUCCAACAAUUCCAUCAGCCCAUGUUUUGGCUAUGCAUGUCCAGCAACUUGAAACUGGAGGAUUCACAAUGACAAAUGGAGCUCACAAGUGGACUAAACUUAGAAAUAUUGCAAAAGUUGUGAGCCAAGUUCAUGCCUUUCAAGAGAAUCCUUAUACAUAUGCACCAGAUUUCAAGCUGCAGUCUUACCUCAGACAAAGAAUAACUCGUUUUAAAGAUGCAGACAUUUCUGCCUUGGCAGCUGACAACUGUGCCAACUUCCAUCAGAUACCAGCAGAAAAACAUUCUCGAAAAAUUCAGGACACCCUGCGCAGGAUGAAAGCAACAUUUCAGUAAUUAUUUAUGUUUCACCUGUUCUAUUCUGGGUCUAGACUGUAAAACUGGAUUAAGUUGGCUUCAUCUACUGGACCUACUUCCAAGAAAAUACUUAAGUGAAGCAACAUAAGAUACUUUCUCAAGUUGAAAUUAUUGUAUUUCAUAACAUGGAAUUAUAAAAUGCUGAUGAAUGAAGUUUGAAUCACUGGCAACUGAAUGGCAGAUCAAAAGAAUAAAAAGAGAGAUAAAAUUAAA